GGGCCAGACGUCGGUGGGACCGGUUGACCCGUGCCAACGGAGCAGAGGGAAGAUUGUGAGGAUACACCAGGCAUGCUGGGCUCCCGUGUGCUGCUCUGCCUCUGCUCCAUGACCUGCUGCCUCACCAUGCUGCCGGCAGCCGGGAACACGAUCCUCCACUUUGGCCCCUGUAGGAUUUCAAUGAGCAUGAGUGAGAUCAGGGCUGGCUUCACUGCCAUCAAAACCAACAUCCAAGCCCGGGACCCCAUCAGGACGCUGAGCAUCCUGUCCCACCCACACUCUCUGCAUAGGGUCCAGCCUUCAGAUAAAUGCUGCAUCGUCCACAAAGUCUUCAACUUCUACGUGGACAAAGUCUUCAAGCACUGCCAGACUGAGAAUUCCUACAUCAACCGAAAGAUCAGCAGCAUUGCCAACUCCUUCCUCAGCAUCAAAAGGAAACUCGAGCAAUGUCAUGAUGAAAAUAAGUGCUUGUGUGGACAGGAACCCACGGAGAGAUUUAAGCAGAUCCUUGUGAACUACGAAGGGCUGAACGUCACAUCAGCAGCAAUGAAAUCCCUGGGUGAGCUGGACAUCCUGCUGGACUGGAUGGAGAAAUCCCCAUAGAGAGGAACUGUGUGCUAACAGAGCUGCCGGGGGGCUGCACGCCUCGGGAAUGCACUGUCCCAGAGCCAUCUCUUGGUGACUGUUUGAUCAAGCACUGAAUGUGCUGCCAGGCACAGGAAUGGGCACACGCAUCCACAGCAUCUUUCAUUUGGAUGGCACUGUGGAUUUUGCUUGAAUCAAUUCACAUCUCCGACUUCUAUCAAACGACACUUUCCAAGGGGAGAAUUGUAAGGAGUUCUCUCGCUCGCAGGCAAUAAGCUAUGAUAACUUAAUAAAAGUAUUGUUUAAAUUAUCAACUCUUUGUGUAAAAACUGUAUGUUCAUGAGUACUGAGUGCCUGGCAGGAGCUGCUCCCAUAGAGCUGAUGCUACAGAGCUGUAUUUGCCACUCUGGGCUCAGCUUUGGCUGAAGGGAGGAGGUGGGUGACAAACACUUGCAGGAAUAGGUCCUUGCAGGUACUGCAAGCCAAGGAAAUCUGUGUUUCCUUUCCAGAUGAUGUUUUCUGCAGUAUCAGUGAAAUGAAGUGUUCUAUAGAAGAUAUGUGGUUGCUGAAUAGAAGAAACCUCUGGCGUGCAUUUACUGACACUCAGCAGGAGGUUUGUGGAAGGCUGAUGCACUUACUGUA